AUGGAUGAGUUCAAAAACAAAUUCCUGGCUGCUUUUGGCAACCCAGAUGCAACCAGAGCAGCGGAGCAGAAAAUCACUUCCCUCACUCAGACCGGCACUUACGCUGCCCUCAUCAUUGACAAUGCCCUCCGCAAGGAGCAAGCCAGCCACCCGCAACAGGGUAGUAAGCCUGGUAAAACUUCUUCCACCCCCAACCGGGGGGCAAGUACCGGCCAACAGGCCACAAAAACCGGUCCCCUCUCCUCCAAUCCCAACUAUGUCUUGGAAGAGGAACGCAACCGCCGCCGCGCAGAGGGCCUCUGUGUCAAAUGCGGUAAACCAGGGCAUAAGUUUGCCAAAUGCCGGACUGGAUGGAAGGCCACCCCCAAGGAGGAUAAGGGGAAGGCUAAGGAAACCGCCAAAACUGGCAAAGACUCCAAGUACCAAUCGGGAAAAGAGCGCCACCUCAUCUUUCCUACACCCCGUACCGCCAAGGCACUACGCCUACCUCUCAUAGACCUUCCCACUCCCCAAACCAUCACUAUGCUCAAUGGGUCAAGCCCCCAGGCAGGAAAAAUCUGGAAAAAGGCCAACCUUACCUUCUCCUUUGAUGGCAAACAAAUGACCAAGACGUUCCUGAUCUGUAACACAGGGUCUCAUGCUGCCAUCUUGGGAUUGAAAUGGCUAGACGCCCACAACCCAGAGAUUGAUUGGAACUCGCGCACCUUAACCUUUCCUCAUGCCCCACCUGAACAUGUGGCCAUUGCCAAGGAGGAAGAAGCAGACAAUAACCCCCUUGAAGGAGUCCCCUCCAAGUACCACCAGUAUGCUAAGGUAUUUGGAGAGGAGGAAUUCAAUAAGCUCCCCCCUCAUUGGCACUAUGACAUUGCCAUUGAACUCACGGAAGAAGGCCCACUCAAUUCCCCAUUGUAUAGCAUGACUGACGCCAAGUCCGCCACACUCAAGGACUGGCUCAGGGACAAACUCAAGGCCGGAAAAAUCCGCCCUAGCAAAUUGUCAAUCAGUUCUCCUGUCAUGUUUGUACCCAAGAAGGAUGGAACCCGUUGUCUGGUUGUCAAUUACCGCCACCUUAACAAUUGUACCAAGAAAAACGUUUACCCGCUACCCCGUCCUGACAACCUCAUGGCCCAACUACGCGGUGCCAAGGUCUUUACAAAGCUUGACCUAUGCUGGGGGUACAAUAAUGUCCAGGUAAAGGAAGGUGACAAAUGGAAGACUGCCUUCCGCACUAAGUACGGCCUCUACAAGUCCCUGGUAAUGACAUUUGGGCUGACCAACGCCCCUGCUGCCUUCCAACACUUCAUGAACAAACUGUUCAAGGACUUACUGGAUGUAUGCGUCAUCAUCUACCUUGAUGAUAUCCUGAUCUAUUCCAAGGAUGACGUAUCACAUACUCAACAUGUUCAUGAAGUCUUACGCCACGUCAUGGAAAACCAGCUAUUCUGUAAAGCAUCCAAAUGCACCUUCCAUGUCACGUCAGUAGAAUACCUGGGAAUUCUUGUAUUGGAUAAGGGGUUUAGCCUGGAUAAGCUCAAGAUCCAGGCUGUUCAGGAAUGGCCCAUGCCCACCAAGGUUAACAAAGUCCAGUCCUUCCUUGGGUUUGCAAACUUCCUACAACGCUUUGUUGCCAAUUUCAGCCACACAGCCAGGCCAUUACACAAUCUGGUCAAAAAGGAUACGGCCUGGAAUUGGGGUACCAAGGAACAAGAAGCUUUCCAGGGUCUAAAGGAUGCCAUCACAGACGCGCCGGUCCUCUGUCACGCUGAUCCAACCAAGCCUUACUUCUUGGAAACAGAUGCAUCAGGCGCAGCCUUGGGUUCCAUACUCAGCCAAAGACAGGAAGAUGGACGUCUACACCCACUGGGAUUCUUGUCUGAAUUGUUCAAAGGUGCUGAGCAAAAUUACAACACACACAACAAGGAACUCCUGGCCAUCAUCUGUUCAUUUGAGUACUGGCGUAUCUUCCUGGAAGGGACUCUUCACCCCAUCACAGUUUUCACGGAUCAUUGGAAUUUGGAAUAUUGGAAGGAAUCAAGAACAUUUAACCGUUGCCAUGCACAAUGGCACCUUCUGCUAGCCGGGUACAAUUUCCAGAUUGUCUAUUGCCCCGGGAAGCAAUCAGGGAAACCAGACGCCCUUUUGCGCCGUUCAGAUCACGCCAAUAUUCCACCUGCAGAUCAAACCAUGCUCCCAGACCCCAUAUUUGCCAACGUUGCCCUAGUAACUCCCAAAAAAGAGCUACAACGCCAGAUCAAGGCUUCCCUAGACCAAGAUGAAUCCCUGGAAGAAAUCUUGCAGUUCCUACAAAAUGAGUCCAAGGCACCACCCUCCAUUAAACGCGCAUUUAAGGAUUACAAAAUGGAGGCCGGCCUAUUGUUUUACCAAGGACGGAUUGUAGUACCAGAUGUAGGGACCCUAAGGACAGACCUACUUUGGAUCUUCCACAAUAGUCCAUUGGCGGGCCACCCAGGCAGACAGCGGACCUUAGAAUUGGUAUCCAGGAACUAUUACUGGCCUGGCAUCCGUGCUGACAUGUACUGGCACGUUGACUCAUGUGGAACCUGCCAAAGGAUCCAAAAACCCAAGUACGCGUCCAUCCCACCUCAACCUCUGGAACUCCCAUCACGCCCUUGGCAACAUGUAUUGUACAAUAUGAUAGUAGACCUGCCAAAAGACGGAAGCAACAACUCUAUACUAGUCAUUGUGGAUAGCUUUACCAAAUACGUCAUCCUGGUAGAGUGUUCCAAAAAGCUCAAAGCCACGGAACUGGCGGACCUAUUUCUACGCCACGUAUGGAAACGUUACGGCAUGCCUGAAAAGACAGUAUCAGAUUGA